CGUGACAAGUCACACAGUUGCACAACUGCAUCAUCUAAAGUUCAAGGCAUCCCAGGGCUGGGUCGAGGCACCGCUGCACGCUGUCAUUCAAGCCUGCCACCUGUGACGGCCUGCAACCUGCUUGUCUCGGGAACUCAAAGUGUGCACAGCAACCAUGGGAGAGUGGGGUUUUCUGUCGUCGCUGCUGAACAAGGUGCAGUCGCACUCCUCCGUGGUGGGGAAGGUCUGGCUCAGCGUGCUGUUUGUCUUCAGGAUCAUGGUGCUUGGAGCUGGAGCUGAGAAGGUUUGGGGUGAUGAACAGUCCAACAUGAUCUGUAACACCAAGCAGCCUGGUUGUAAGAACGUCUGUUACGACCAAGCCUUCCCAAUCUCACACAUUCGCUUCUGGGUCCUUCAAAUAAUCUUCGUCUCGACGCCAUCGCUGAUCUACCUGGGUCACGUCGUUCACGUCAUCCACAAAGAGAAAAAGCUGAGAGAACACAUGCAGACCCACUCUGGCCAUGAAACCGUCAAAGUUCCCAAGUACUCUGAUGAAAAAGGCCAUGUCGAGAUUAAAGGUAAUCUUCUGGGGAACUACAUGGUUUCCAUCUUUUUCAGAAUCGCCCUGGAGAUAGGAUUCAUCGUGGGGCAGUAUUAUCUGUAUGGGUUCAUCAUGGAGCCACUAGUCGUCUGCUCCCGGGCCCCCUGUCCCUUCACCGUGGAGUGCUACAUGUCUCGACCCACUGAAAAAACCAUCUUCAUCAUCUUCAUGCUGGUCAUGUCCUGCAUCUCUGUCGGGCUCAAUGUGGUGGAGAUGUUCUACCUGAUGUGCCGGCGGAAGUCGAAAACAGCGCCUGUGACAGCCGUGACCCUUCACCCCCGUUUCACCAGUGACAGCCUCUUGAAAAAUCAGAAAUUUGAUCUCCACACCUCCAGCACAGCAUGAGGGGAACGAUGUAGCAUCAACAGGCCAAAUCUGAACAGUCCCUUUCACAAACAAGAGCUCGUAAAAAAAUGACCACCAUGGUUAAAUAUGCAAGAUGCAAAUGCAUGCAUUUUCACAAAUAUGCUAUAAGUUAUCUAUGAGCUGAUCCUGAAACCGUUAUCCAAAUUUGGACAUAAAUAUAUGUUUUUAAAUUGUUAUAUGUUCAAAUAUUUAAUUUAAAAAAACAAGUGUGAUACAUAUGCUGGCCUGUAUUAUCACAAAAAACACAUAUGUAGAACUCGAUAAGGACAAAAGUAUGUUUUUGUGAUUUAAUUUAGCUCAGACUUCAUAAGUUUACUGUUUUGUAGAGCUGCAUGUGUGUUUGGUUGUUUUCUUGACUUUCUUUUCCAUUUGUUUCCUCUAGAGUGGCAAAUUCAUAUGACUUUGAGGUGUGGAAAUAUAUUGAUUAUAAAGCGCUUGCUUUCUAUUUUUUGUACUGAGGAAACCCAUGUUUAUUAAAAUAUGUUUGUACUUUAA